AUGGCAGACUUAGCUUUAGACAAUGACCGUGUGUCACAAGAGGUUUCAUCUCUAUCCACCAGGCUGAUGCAGUCGAUGGAGACGCAGAUGAACAUGGAAACGGAGAUCCGUGGAUUGCGCAAAGCGGUAGAAUCCUCGAGGCUGGAACUCGAGACAUUACGGCCUGUGGCGCAACGUGUUGAGGCUGCUGAGACUGAGAGUGUGGCUCUGGCGGCGAAACUACUUGAGGAGACUAAAAGGCGCGAAGAGGCCGAAUCCGAGGCGCGAAAGCUGGGCGCUGAGGUGGAAGAACUAUCUGCAUCGGUGUUUGAUGAGGCCAAUAACAUGGUGAGCAAUGCAAACCGCGAGAAGCACGAUUUUAAGACCAGGAAUGAAAAGCUGUUGGCUACUCUCACCGAAAAAGACGAACUUAUAGUUGUUUUGAGGACAGAACUGGCGAGUUUGAAGGAGGUGUUACGCGAGUCCGAAGAUGCUCAGACUAACAAACGGAGAAGCACUUUCCUAGAUAGCCCAUUUGCCUCUACUACUGAUCUGGGAACUGGUUCAGUGCUGGUGGGUGCAUCGGGUAAAGAUAAUGGUGAAAGUUCAAGUGGUCUGCCAUUGUCAGCGGGUCCUUUAGAAAGCUACAAUAACGCAUUGGUGUACUCGCCCACAUACAACCUUCUUCGUUUCGAUCUGACGGAGUACAAGGACUUUUGUGAUAUGGUGCGGUUUUUGAACGAACGCAUUGUGAAAACUUAUGAGUAUGCUGUUAUGAAGGACCUAGUCUUCUUUAAAAGGGUCAUGCUGGAGGAUGUGGAAAACACUCUUAGGCUCGAUACUGCGCCUGGUGUUCGGUAUUUCCACAAGAAGACUGUCAUUGGUGCCUUAGUGGAAGGCCGGGUUGUCAUUGAGCCAAUCAGUGGUGUGAAUGAGCUUUGGAGGCCUGGUCAUCGGAAACCAGCAGAAAAUGUCACCGAUGCACCUGAAUCGGCUCCUGAGGCACCCGCGACGUCGGAGCCAGAUUCUGAGGUUCUGACGGCCACUUCUGAGCUUAAAGAUAAUCUUUUUUCAUAUCCUAAAGACUCCCCUCCGGUGGCCACUCUGUCGAACUGUGCCCUCUGUGGUGAAGAUAGGAACGAGAAGUUGGACCACGCACGCAUGUACAAUCUCAAAAUAUACUCAAAAAGACCUGUGAAGCAGGAGGCUAUCACAGAGUUCACUCAUACGUAUUCUUUGUGUGGUUGCUGCCUCAUGAGAGUGAGAAGGACGUGUGAAUUAUUCGCUUUGCUCAGAAACAUCAACAAUGCAUACCGCACCAAGAUCUACGACUUCUCCACCAGUGUGGGGUACACGAAGGCUUGGUUUGCUCUCUCCAAGAUCCGCGCGCGCAUGUUUUGGGCCCGUGUUGGCAUCUGGGAGGACGACAAGUCCGAGACUAUGUUUGAGUCUAUCUCUAUGCCUGGGACCCCAGCGUUUACAAAACAACCCUGGGUGGCAUCGCCCGACCUGUCUCGUCAACCUACCGAUAAGUCUGAAGCUGUUGCGAGUCUACAAGCGCUCGAUACGGCCGCCACGAUUAAGGCGGGGGAUGCUGAGAUUGUGCCACAGACGAGCAAUGACGCGGCAGUUUUUGCAAAGGCUAACGGAGAGUCUGAAGUUGUGGAGACAGCGCAUCCACCAAGAGAAGAACCAGCUGCAGAUGCUUCCGCAGACAUGGAUGAUCUCUUGGAUGACUACAGGGACUCUUCUGUGGAGCCUGACAAAAGCGUUGAACUCAAGUCUCCGAAUGCCUCCAAGCCCGGUGAUACCGAGGAAGAGAGCACAGGGGAGUCUGAGUUUAACGAUGCAAAUGAGCAUUUUGAUUGA